AUAAGAACCUCCAAGUCUUCAACUUUCUCCCAAUCCCAGACACCUCGAAGGGGCUCCAAGGAGGGAUCGGGAGGGCUAUAUUUUUUUUUUUUUUUUUUUGGUUGGCGGGUUUUUUUUCUCCUCUUGGAUCCUGAUGCCAUCCCCCCUCCCCCCAAAGUGAGGUCCUCCCUCCCUCCCUCCUCCUCCUUCUCCUCGCAGGCCAGCGAAGCAGCCGAUCAAGGGGGAGCUGGCGGGUUAGGUGCCCCCCUCUUCUCCCUGCCCUCCCCCCCCUCCCGGCCCGCUUCUCGCGUCUCCCCCCAGAGAUGAUGCAGCAAGACGAGUCAAACUCUCCAGUCUCCCCCGCCGACGACAGCUUGAGCAACAGCGAAGAGGAGCCGGACCGGCAGCAGCUGCCCAACAACAAGAGAGGGGGGCGCAAGCGGCGCUCCAGCCGCCGCAGCGCCGUCGGGGCAGCAGACGAGCCCUGCAGCCCGGCCCAAGGCAAGCGGGGCAAGAAGUGCGGGGCGGGUGGGGGCGGCGGGGGCGGCGGCAGCAGUAGCGGCGGCGGCAGCCCCCAGUCCUACGAGGAGCUGCAGACCCAGCGGGUCAUGGCCAACGUGCGGGAGCGGCAGCGCACGCAGUCGCUGAACGAAGCCUUUGCCGCCCUGCGGAAGAUCAUCCCCACGCUGCCCUCGGACAAGCUGAGCAAGAUCCAAACCCUCAAGCUGGCGGCCAGGUACAUCGACUUCCUCUACCAGGUCUUACAGAGCGACGAGCUGGACUCCAAGAUGGCAAGCUGCAGCUAUGUGGCCCACGAGCGGCUCAGCUACGCCUUCUCAGUAUGGAGAAUGGAGGGCGCCUGGUCCAUGUCUGCAUCCCACUAGCAGGCGGCGUCCCCAAACCGCAUCCCCUCGGCAAGAGCCCUAGAGGUCGUGCCUAUGAGCCACUGAUGAAAGGAAAUACACACUAUUGUGGACUUUCUUCAUUCUUGAAUGAAAUCAACCAAUCAACCAAAAAAAAUAUCCCUGUAGAGAUGAAAAACUCCUUUUUUUUUCUUUUUUUUUUUUUCUUUUUUAAAGGGGGGAAGUAAGCUGGGCUGAAGCUGUUAUAUACCCGGUUCCUAACUUUUUUUAUUAUUAUUAUUUUUCUUCUGAGAAAAAAAAAUAAACAUUUUAUUUAUUUAUUGAUGACUCCUGUUAAAAUGCAAAUAGAUCCGGUGUCUAAUUGCAUUCCUAUUUUUAUGAUUGUUUUGUAAAUAUCAUUGUAUAUUAUUUUUCU